AUCGCCGAUUGGCACAGUUGAGGGGAAAAACUUGGAAUGGUUCAACAAUGGAGAGCAGCAGGUCUUACUUACUUGCGUUAUGCAAAUAUAUGUGCAGAUUUUGUACGCAAAGCUUUGAAGGAACCAAAAAGAACAGAAGCACUGUCAAGGACUACCUUUGAGAUGACCAAAAGUGAGUGGAGCGAAGGAAAGGUAGCUAAAAGAGAAUCCCUUACGCAAGAGGCUGAAAGGAAUAAUGUUUCGAGCAGCAACAAAUGAGUCACUUAAGAAUAAACAUUCUUCCAAGUGGAAACAAGUUGGUUUUGACUAGACAAAAGUCGCUGGAGUCACUUUGUUCUUU